AACUAUGUCUGACAAAAAUCCCCCUCCCACCUCUUCUGAGCCUGAAAAGCCUUCAAUCUUUCAAAAAUACAUUAAGGAUAACAUUGGCUCUGGAAUCAGCUCUAUUGGAGAUGCUGUUUUUAAGAAUAAGGAAGAAGAGAAGAAAAGUAAGAAGAAGAAAAAGAAGGCCAAGAGCAAGGCUAAAUUUGUGAUUGACGAUAACGACGAAGCAGAGGAAGAAGACGAUGAAGAGACUGAAGAGAAAGAGAAGGGGAAAGUUGAGGCUAAGGUGCAAGUGCAGGUACAGGAGAAAGUAGAGAAUAAGAGAAAAGAGACAGAGGUGAGAGAUAGUGAGAGGGGAAGGAUGAAUUCUGAUGAUUUUAAUGAUGAGAUCUCUCUGGAUUUGAAGCCUGAAGAAGAGAAAGCUGAAGCUAAAGUCAUUGAGGAAGAAGUUCAUAAAGAAGAAUCUUCUCAGGAUGAAGCUGUCCAAGAAAGCUCAGAAGUUUCUCAACACCCUGAAUCUACGAUGAAGGAAGAGUUUAAAGAAAUCCCUGCUCCUAAACCUAAGCCACAGCCUCCAAAACAAGACCUCCAUGAUCUCACAGAAGAAGCUUUGAUUGAUUAUCUCAAGAAGGAUGGUUGCAAGAUUUCUCAAGUAGAAGACGAGCUCUUCUACAGUAAUUAUAGGAAACAGAAGUCAUCAUUGGAUAUCUCCAAGUUAAAAAUUGGAGAUAUGUUAGAAAUACUUGAACUCAAUCAUUGAGAAGCUAAGGAGCAGAAGCCGGUUUCUCAAAACUUUUUCCUGAAAAUUUUAAAUAAGGAUGUCCCGAUUGUCCUAGUGCUAGAAUCUGGAUAUUAUAUAAAAUGCGACUAUGAUUCCUCAAAUGAGAAGGCAGCAAAGAUCACCAAACUGAUAAAUCUAUCCCGUUUAUUCAAAUUUGAAGUGAAAAUGCUGAAAAAGUCUUAUGAAGUGAGACUAUCUUUUAUCAACAAAGAAAGGGAUCCAUUCAAACAGCCUGAGCUAGAGAUCGUCACUGUCCUAGACACUGCGUAUGAGGGGUUAAAGGAGAUGAUAAAGUUCCAGCUGAACCUGAUCAACAACACCAAAGUCCUGAUAGAAACUCUCUAG